AUGUUUAAUUAUAUCCAAAUCGAUGAAAAAUGGUUUUACUUAUCGAAAAAAUCUGAAAGGUAUUAUCUUCUUUCCGAAGAAGAGGAGUCUAAUCCGUAUCGUUCUUGCAAAAGUAAAACUUUUAUCACAAAAGUUAUGUUUAUGGGAGCUGUUGCACGUCCUAGAUUUGACGUUAAUGGAGUUGAAUUAUUUUCGGGAAAAAUAGAAAUUUUUCCGUUUGUAGUUAAGGAACCAACCAAACGGAAAAGCAAAAAUCGAACAGCAGGAACUAUUGAAACAAAACCGAUUUUAUCAGUGACUAAAGAUAUCAUAAGAGCUUGUUUGAUAGAGAAAGUUCUUCCAGCCAUUCGAUCAAAAUGGCUAGCUUCAACGUCAAGUGCACCCAUUUUCAUCCAACAAGAUAAUGCAAGACCACAUAUUGGUAUUAAUGAUUUGGAAUUCAUGGAAGCAGCUCAACGAGAUGGAUUUGAUAUUAAGUUAUGCUUUCAACCCCCUAAUAGUGUUGAUCUUAACGUUUUGUACCUUGGAUAUUUUAGAGCAAUUCAAUCUCUUCAAUAUCAAAAUGCUCCUUCAAAUGUUGAUGAAUUAGUGGAGAUUGUUGAAAAAUCAUUCAAUGAAAUGAAAAUAGAACGACUCAAUCAUGUAUUUUUGACUUUGCAAUGUUUAUGA